AUGGGAAAAUUAUUAAAACCAGGAAAAGUUAUCAUAAUAUUAAACGGUCGUAGAGCUGGAAAAAAAGCAGUUAUAGUAAACACAUAUGAAGGUCAAACACGUGAAAGACCAUAUAGUUACUGUUUAGUAGCUGGUAUAGAAAAACACCCAUUAAAAGUUAACAAAAAAAUGUCCAAGAAAAAAAUCGUAAAAAGAUCAAAAGUUAAGGCCUUCAUUAAAUGUAUUAACGUUAAUCACAUACUUCCAACAAGAUAUCAAGUAGCUAAUGAUUUCGAUCUUAAAAGUUUAGCAUCUGAAGAUGUUUUGAAAUCCAAAAAUAAAAAGAAGGAAGUAAAAAAAUUGGGAAAAAUAUUCAGGGACAAAUUUUUGGAACCAGUUAACAAAAAAACAGGAGAGGUUUCCAAGGAUAUUUCCUUCUUACACAAAAAGUUGUACUUUUAA